AUGGCACCUUCACAGCUUCGACAGCAACCGCCUUUUCCUGCGCCUCCAUCUUUCUCCGCUGGCGGCCAUGAGACGCGCGACUACUACGCGGCGCAGAACGCACCGCGACCUCACUCACAAGAUGAACCAUACCUGACACCUUAUCUCGGUCUCCGAGCCAGACUCUCACAGACCUGGAUCAAUCGCUGGACGAUUUUGCUUCUUUUGGUGCUGAUACGCACCCUAUUUGCCAUUGCAAGUCUUGAUGACAAUCUCGGCUCAGCACGACGAGAAGCCUUGAGCAUGUGCACAUCUGUGGAGAAUGUUGGCUCUGCAAUGGCUAGCAUGCCCCACUACAUGAGUCAAGGUGUUAAUUCGCUCACCGCCAAAGGCAUUGAAAAAGCUAUCAACGGUCUCAUGAAAGGACUCAUCCUUGCCGUCACGGGCGUGGAACAAAUCAUAGUCUUUGUCAUUAAUUUGCUCACCUCGACGUAUCUUUGUCUGAUCACUCUGGCGAUCAGUGGCAGUCUCCAUGUAGCGGUCUCGGUGGCCGAAGACGUCGGCGAUUUCCUCAACUCUACCAUGAAGGAAGUGGGCAAAGAACUCGGAGAUGUCACUGGAGACUUCCAAAAAGCUAUGAACGGCUUCAUCGCCGGCAUCGAUAAGGUCGCCAGCGUCUUCUCCAGCAAAUCGCUGACACCGCCUACCAUUGACUUGUCGGAUGAAAUCUCCAAGCUGAACCACCUGCAGAUCCCUGCUGGGUACGACAAAGGUCUUGAAAAGCUCAACUCCUCAAUUCCGACAUUCAAGCAAGUACAAAAUUUCACGAAUUCGGUCAUUGAAUUGCCAUUCGAGGAGGUCAAGAAACUACUCAACGCCAGCCUGCCUAAGUACUCGAUAAACGACGCACUCUUUCCAGUACCUGCAAAGGAGCAAUUGACGUUUUGUUCCGACAACAACGGCAUCAAUCAAUUCUUCGAUAGUCUCGUACAGAUCGAACGCCUGGCAAGGAAGAUCUUUUUAGCUGUCAUCAUCAUCGCUGCUCUUCUUGCGAUGGUCCCAAUGGCCUAUCGAGAAAUACGACGAUAUCGAUUCAUGAAGGAGCGGGUCGUGAUCGUCAAAAACCAUUCCCAGGACCCCAUGGAUGCAGUGUAUAUAGUCUCAAGACCUUACACGGCUGCUACCGGAAUCUGGCUCGGCGAUAGAUUCUCUUCAACCCGGCUCAAAGUCCUCGUUCGAUGGAGUGUAGCAUAUGCUACGACAAUCCCGGCGCUUUUUGUGUUGUCUCUCGCAAUCGCUGGCCUACUUUCUUGUCUUUGUCAAUAUAUCCUGCUGAAAGCGAUUGAGAAGGAGGUGCCUGUGCUAGAAAAUAUGGUCAUUGGAUUCGCUGACAAGGUCAUCAUGUCGCUCAACAAUGCAUCUGAGCAAUGGGCAAUUGGCACAAACAAAGUCAUCAUUGACACCAACAACGCCAUCAACCAUGACGUCUUGGGCUGGGUCAACACCACUACCAAAGCUGUCAAUAACACCCUCAAUGCAUUUGUCGACGAGAUGGUCGGCGCUCUUAAUGUCACGUUUGGCGGCACCAUCCUGUACGAACCGAUCCUCGGUGUAUUGAACUGCCUUGUGCUACUCAAGAUCGAAGGCAUCGAAAAAGGCCUCACCUGGGUCAGUGAUCACGCUCACAUUGACUUUCCACUGCUCCAGAAUGAUACCUUCUCGCUAGGUACUGUGCAGAAGGUUUCGCAGUCUUCAACCAAUUUGCUGGCGACUGGGCCGGACGCGGCCGCGGCAGACGCAAUUUCGCGAGCGGUUGACCACGUCAUUGAUCUAGUCGCCAAAGCUAUUCGACAAGAAGCGAUCAUUUCGACAUGCAUACUACUGAUCUGGGUCAUCAUUGCUUUGAUCGGCAUCGGCAGGUCAACAUAUGUGUACUUCAAAGGCGAUUCAGCUGUUGGUCCAUACGAAACACAUCAAGCAACGAAAGAGAAACAGCACGAGCUUCAUGACUUCGGAACAGUUCCUUCGUACGAGCAAGCGUUACGAUCCCCCAGAAUAGGCGAGCAUGAAGCCGACAGAUAUCACGGACAAAGCUACACUCUCACACCAGCACCACUUCCGACAUUCCAAGUUAGUACGGCCGUCUCGCCCAUCUUGAAUACGGGCUUCAGCCCACGGACAGAGCAGGUGCAGACUGUCAACGGCCAGAAUGUGGAUUCUGCCAUCCGUCGUCCAACCCAUAUCCGAGCAUCUAGUCAUGGCGACCUUGCUGUAGCAUCGCCGAUCUCUCCUCCUUUACAUCAAAACCCAUUCCUCGGUCCCGGUGAAGCAAAAUGA